UAGUCGUGUGACGUCAUAACCGGAUCGGACUCCCGGAUAGGUUUUUAACACUAUUAUUUAUCGAUAACAUCCCGCAGUAAUGGCGGCAAGAAAUAAGAAGGGGAAAUUCGUGAAAUCCUCUCGUAUAAAGCAAAAUGAAGUCCUGAGGAGAGAGUGUGUAAAAUAUUGGGACCGCAGUGAUGAAAAUACUUCCAAAGAAAAUGUUGAAACACCUGUAAUCACUCCAGUUACGAACGAAGACCAUGUGUAUCACUGUGUUGACCCCCUUGCUACCGAUGUCCGUGUUGCUAGAGAGGAAAUUGUUGAGCCAACAGGUAAAAAUGAUUGGAGCGAAGGUAGACGUAUAAUCGAACUUGGUAUCCUUGCAAAUAAUUUAAAGGAGUGCAAGAGAUGUGGGCAACCUUUGCAUUUAUCCGAUUGUGUUGGAGAGACUAGAUUCGGACUCGCUCAAAUUCUCCAAGUGCAGUGUAGAUACCAGGAGUGUAGGCUACUUAAUGAUGUCCCAACAGGCAAAAAACAUCUAACAGAAAAGGGAGGAAAAGCAUGGGAUAUUAAUACGAAAGUAGCAGUAGGAAUGAUCAAUGGUGGCUUCGGAGAGUCUCAUUUAAAUGCCUUCUUAGCAGUACUAAACAUUCCAGGAAUUUCGAAGGGAGGUCUAAAGGAAAGGGAAAGGGAAGUUGGCAGUACACUGAGUAAAAUGGCAGAAGAAAGUUGUCGAACCAGUCUAUUAGAGGAAGUUGAAAAGAGUGAUGGUAAUCUCACUGUCAGCUUCGAUGGUGCCUGGCAAAAACGGGGCACUGGGCGUGCCUACAAUAGCCUUACAGGACAUGCAAGUUUGAUUGGGGAAAAAACCAAGAAAUGUGUUGGUUAUGCUGUAAAAUCUAAAAAAUGCAGAAUAUGUGACUUGGCAAAACGGAAGGAUGUUCCUGUGAGGAAGCACAAAUGCAGUCGAAACUGGUCAGGGUCAGCCAAAUCUAUGGAACCUGCUAUGGCUUGCGAGAUGGUGCAGAGCAUAAAAGAUCAAGGUGAAAAGGUUACUACGUUAGUAAUGGACAACGAUUCUACAACAAUAGCCAGAUUGAGAGCAACUGUUGAUCCAGAUAUAAAGAAAAAGGUGGACAGCAAUCACAUGAAAAAAGGGUUUACUGGAAGUCUUGUGGAAAUCAGCAAUACCCAUAAAGUAUUGAAAAAUGUUAAAGUUAGAACACACAUUGAGAGAUGCUUUACAUAUUGGGACCAUUCCAUGUGUGGCACAUGGUGCAGGAGUGAACAAACUGGUUACAAACCAAAAAACUUGCCAUAUGGGAAACCUCUUACAAGUGAGCCUCUGAGAUCAGCUCUAGAAAAACUGUUUGAGAAGUAUGCAGACCGGGCAACUGAGUUGGUGUCGAUGGGAUCCACUCAAGUGAAUGAAAAUUUUAACCACAUGGUCUCUAGCAAAGCGCCUAAAAGAAUGUUUUAUGGAGGUUCAGACAGUCUGCAUAGUAGAGUAUCUGCAACUGUCUGUCAGAAAAAUGAGGGGUAUAAUUAUAUAACUGAGGUGAAUAAAAGGCUGACAAUGUCUCCUGGAAGAUACACCCUCAAGCAUUCCAGGAUCCUACAAAGCAGACUGAAGCUGAAGCGAUUACAACAAGCAAAGCGGAGCACAAAGCGGAGGCGUUUAGAGCUGAAGUCAGAGCGGUCUGCAAAAGAUGCAUCACAAUCUGUUCUUGAAGGUAAUACUAACAAAUCUUACAUGGUAUUUGACCUAGAGACUACUGGUUUAGCCAGGACAUCAGACAUUGUUCAGAUUGCAGCUGUAUGUGGAGAGAGAGAGUUCAACAUGUACUUGACACCGCAGUCCCCAAUUAGUCUUGAUGCAUCUGCAGCAACUGGGCUUACUUUUGUUGGUGGUGUGCUGAAGCAUAAUGGCAAGAAGGUGGACCAUAAAGAGCCCUUUGAAGGACUUCAGCAGUUUGUUGAAUUUUUGAAGACUGUUGAUUGUAAACCUAUUUUGGUUGGGCACAAUAUACAAUGUUUUGACCUACCAGUGUUAAUGAAUCAGCUAGUCAAAUGUAAAUUACUUGACAGUUUUGCUAGCACUGUCACUGGUUUUAUAGAUACCUUACAAGUGUCUAGGAAAUCUUUCAGCAAAGAUGAUGUUAAAGAUUUUAAACAAGUCACUCUUGUAAAUACUUUCAUUGGAAAAGAUUAUGAAGCUCAUAAUGCUAUUGCUGAUGUGAAGGCAUUGAGGGAACUUUUUGAAAUGAAGUUGUUGGCUCUGUGUUCAGCUAAUGAUGUGUUCACAUUGAAUUAUUAUACCAUAAAGAAGUCUUUAGAGCCCCUUGUUAAGGCAAAGAUUGUAUCUUCCAUGAUUUCGAAGAAGUUGAUUGCAAAUUCUCUUAGUUUGUCUAAGUUGGUGCUAAUCCACAAGAGGGAUCCACAUAAUGGGUUACGAAAUGUUUUUAGUGAACCAUUAUCAGGUUCAAAGCAGCCUAGAAUAUCCAAGUCAUCUAAUGUAAUCAACAAAUUGGUUGAAUAUUUGAAUAGCUGUGAAUGAUUACUGUUUGUAUGUAUUUUAAUUUAGACAAUACAGUGUGUAAAAUAAAGGUCUAAAAACUUGUAUGGGAGAUUUCAGUCAACACUCAACCUAACGUUCGACUGUAUUUGUUUUUUAUGCUGACUGUUAAUAUUCUGUAGUAUACUAAUUUUUUGUGUAUACUGUUGAACACAUAACUGGAUGUAUUUUGACUCAAUGUAGUGGAAAGAGUAAUGCUUCAAAAUUGAUGACUGAUUAGACUGUGGAUUUUCAUUUCAUUUACUUGAAAAACAGAUACAUGUACAUGUAUAAUAUGUGAAAUAUAUCUGUAAUUAAUGGCACACAGAAAGUAUUAUAGGUUGUAAAAUUAUAUUAUAUUCUAAAGAAUGUUGUUAUUCUUUUGCAGUUAUGCAUCUAUGAAAUGAAAUAAAAGUCAUCAAUAGCUCUGGAUUUUUUAUCUUCCCUCAUUUGAAAUUCCUUAUCAAAAAUCUCAAUUUGGACAAAAAACGUAUAAAUAAAUGGUGGUGCUGAGAAAAAAUAUAUGCUGGCAAUGUGCUGUUUUUUUAAUUUAAUUUUAACAAAUAGUCAUAGAUGAACAUAAUUUGAGAAUUUGACUGAAAAAUCACAAGUCAAUUUUUUUUUACAAUAAUUUUAAUAGUGUUGUACUUCCAAGUUUUUGGGCUGGUCGAGGGUUGUAUUUUGUUCAAUUUAGUCCCCAAAAACCAAGGAAAAUAUAAUAAGAAUAAAAUUUCACUGUAAUUUGUUUAAUUGGAUAUAUUUCUUUGAUUUUAAUAGGAAAAAUCAUUCAUUAGCAUCAAAAUUAGUGUUUUUAUGUACAAAUUAUGUGAAACCUUUAUUGGAAUCUCAUAUCGUCAAUUGACAAAUGGGGGUACCUAUGUUUGAGAAACUCUCUCUCAGUAAUAAUAUUGACAACCCCUUCUUUUUUCCAAUUCAUCAUACCUUAGUAUGAACAAUCUAAACAUUUGAGAACAAUUUUUUGAAAAAUCA